AGCAGAUUACAGCUUUUUGUUCUGCUCUCGCAACGGAGCUUAAUGGUCAAGGCGAUGGUUGCCUGAGAAACGCUAGCGUACUACGGAUGCCGCAGCUCAUAUCUAGUCUUGUAGAAGAGAAAACGAAUGGCCGAUGUAAAGCCAGUGUUGCAGACAAUGCACUGCAAGAUCCCGAGAAGACUGUGAAUGGGGAGGAUUUGUCAGCGCUGGUCCUCACAGCAGCAAGAGGCAGAGGCAGCGAGGCUAACACCGGUGGUGCUGUGAGAGCCGGGACUCCGAAAAAGAAAGUGAGCGACGAAGAUGAAGUAGAAAACGAGGAAGAGGAGGAGGACGGUGGUGGUGAGAGCGGUGGAGACGAAGGUGACAGCGAUGAUCCCGACCAUGGUGGCAACGAAGAGGAGGAAGAAGGCGAGGAGGAGGAGGAAGAGGAAGAGGAGGAUGGAGAAGAAGAGGAGGAAGAUGGCGAGCAGCAACAGGGGGUUGGAUCAAACGCUGCUCCUACUGCUGCCGCUGCCGCUGCUGCUGCAAGAAACAACAAUGCCAUCGCCAGUGUUGAUGGUGCUCCUGGAUUCGACGAGGAAGAAGAAGAGAGCGAUCAAGACGGUGGAGUGGAGGACGAUGGCGAAGGAGCCGAUGGAGGUGAGGAUGAAGAGGACGACGAUGGCGACGACGAUGAAGAUGGAGCUCCACCACUCAAGAAAGCCAAGAAAUGAAGAGCGCCACAUUUUUCUCUUCUUUGUUUUCUUUGUUUUUCGCGAACAAACACUCCUCACACACUGGUCGUUUUAAAUUUGAAAUUUCUAGCGAUGCGAAGAGCCCUAAAAAGGGAUUUGGAAGGCUCCGGGAAUGGUUUGAUCGAUCGACCUAUCGAUUCGAUCGCGACGCUUUUGUGCUCUUGCAGAUCCAAGCCGUGUUCCUCGUGAGCCGCCAAGGGAAAGUGCGGCUCCAGAAAUGGUAUACUGCUUAUCCAGGGAAAGAUCGGCCUAAAGCGAUCAGAGAAAUCACGAGCAUCAUUCUGUCCAGAGGAACCAGGCUUUGCAAUUUCAUUGAAUGGAAGGAUUUGAAAGUCAUCUACAAGCGAUAUGCGAGCUUGUAUUUUUGUAUGUGCGUUGAUGCCGACGACAACGAGCUCGACUGCUUGGAAGUCAUACACCUCUUUGUGGAAGUUCUAGACCGCUACUUUGGCAACGUUUGCGAGCUCGACUUGGUUUUUAAUUUCCACAAGGCGUAUUAUAUCCUGGACGAGGUACUGCUGUCGGGAGAGCUACAGGAGUCGAGCAAAAAAUCCGUGGCUCGAGUCAUUUCUGCUCAGGACACCAUGGUUGAGAAAGCCAAAGAAACCGGCAUUUCCCACAUGAUGUCGUCAAGCAGCAAGUGAAAGUGGGCAUCUUAAGUGAGAGUGGUCUGAGCUUGUAAGUCUUUCGGAGUUUUUUCAUCGAGUUGGAUCUUCGUCCAGCCAAACCCUUUCCAGUUUCCAUGAAGGUUUCCUGGAAGAUUUUAGUUUGGUGCCGCAAAGCAUUCUAGUCUUUGAUUCUGUUGGUAUUAUAGAUACGUAGUUGCAACGACAUUGUUGUUUUCAUUGGCGCUCUACACCGACGUGAACUACUUGGAAAAGCCGGGGUGGCAACACUAUCUUCCUCACAUUUUUGCGACAAGGGCCGCUUGUGGGUGUUUCUUUUUCUCUGGCCGCCUUCACUGCAAAGUUUAAGCAAGCAAACAAUGCUCAUUUAAGCAAGUUUCAUCCAAACAAACAAUGCGAAUCAGAUUUUUAUUUGA